GGUUGCGGGCAGUAACAGGGAAGUGCCGUCACAGACAGAAGGUAAGCUGCUCUCCUGUCUGGACUCCAGCUUUGUCAUGGCAGUCGACUGGAUUGGAUUCGCCUAUGCUGCGGCUAUCGCCUUUGGGGGUUUUAUGGGAUACAAGAGAAAAGGCAGCGUGAUGUCCCUGAUGGCUGGUUUAGUUUUCGGUGGAUUAUCUGCAUACGGUGCACUCAACGUCUCUAAUGACUCAAAGGACAUUAAAGUCUCAUUGUUGGCCUCGGGAGUCCUCUCAGUCGUGAUGGGAAUGAGAUACAAGAAAUCUGGAAAAUUAAUGCCUGCAGGCAUUAUGGCUGGGCUCAGUUUGUUGAUGGUGUUCCGGCUGUUACUACUCAUCAUAGUGUGACUGGAGGAACAACGCUGACCACACGGAGGUUUUUCUUUUUUGUUUCCCAAUGAACAUCAUUCCCAGUUACCAUACUAAAACUUUCAUGUGACCAGAAACCUUGUAAAAAUGUCCAGUGGGCGACAGAUUUAAGAUUAAGUGCUAAUCUUAUUGCAGUAAAUCUGUUUUGAUAUAUUUGUAUAUGAGCGUGUUUAGGAAUGUUAAUCACCCGAUGUUAGAUCAAUUUUCAUGUCCUAUUAUUACCACAGGUUUACACACUCAGUGUUGGCAAAACAAAAGAACAGUGAGUGAGCUUCGUGGGUGCUAUUGUUUGUCCUGGCGAGGGUUCAAGUAUACACUAUGACAUAAAUUCAAAUUCAAAAAUAUAAAAAACUUUAAAGCCUAAAACUUGUAUUGACUGCUCAUGUGUCUUCUAAAUAGAUUGAAGUUAAUAUGUUUGUGAUUUUUGUAAUACUGCAGCUAAAUAAAUGAAUAUGAUUCUUAAAA